AGCAAUAUGUGCUUGCCAUAUCAUCUGCAAUGGGACUUCAGUUUAGAUAUAAUGACCUUGGGAGGGAGCUAAAGGUACAAAGAGAUAUGAGGAUAGAUAACUAUGAAUGAUAAUUACUGUGGCUUUCAGUCUGCCAGGUAUUACAUGACAGCCUUUUCCUGCGUUGCCCUUUUUGUGGUCACUUAACAGUUGUGAAUCAUGCCUGUGUGAUUCACACACAGAUACGAUACAAUCUCCAUGGCAACUUGGUCACUUGAGUUAGAAAUACAAGCUGGCACAACUCAAGGUUACUCUCUCCCAAUGCUUUUAGAGCUACCAUUAGCUUUUUGAUUUGGUCUCUAUUGUGAAGCCAGAUCUCCAUACUUAAAUGCCAUUUCCAUAGCAGUUUCUUGAAUUCCAGUGUGCAGGGCAUUUUACCUUGGAAAACAAUUUCAUUCCGUAAAGGAUGACAGGAGGAUGAAACCUCCCAUCUUGCACAUAUGUGCCACAUGCUUCUGUACUAUUGAAAACAUUGUGUUUAGCUUUGGGUAGACAUCAAGUCACCAACCAUGCUUCUUUUGCUGAUGCUCCUUCUGGAGCUAGACUACUGAGAGCUAAAAACAAACAACACACGGAAUCAAAAGGUUGGUUUGAAUUCCAGGCAAAUAAAAGCACAGAAUCGGCCAAUUUAAUUUCUUUAUGUGCUCUGUUUAUUUUUCUUGCUCCUGUGUGUGUGUGUUUGUGUGUGUGUAUCUUGAUUGCAAGCAUCGUCUCCCCCUGUUGUCCAUACCCAUAAAAUGCAGUGAUCAGAAAUACGAGAAAGGCAAUGUGUUUCUUUGCCGUUCUUUUGUAACCUGACAUGAAGUAGACAGACACCUUCUGAAGUUUGUGCAUGCUGUGCUUUCCCCCCUCCCUUGCUGCAACAAGAAAAGCCUUUUCUUUUAACCUGGCUUCCUUUGAAGAAGUGAAUCAGGCAGCUUCAUGGCCUCUCAAGUUGGACCAGAUCAUUAUUCACCAGCAAGUGGAGCUUCUCCAAGUUAUACUUGGGACAGAGACCUGCAGCAAGUAUGAGAUUAAAAACCACCUGGGACAAAGAGUUUACUUUGCAGUGGAAGAAAAUGGUUGCUUUGAUCGUAACUUCUGCUCGCCGCUGAGGUCUUUUACCAUAAGGAUUACAGACAACACAGGUCAAGAGGUGAUCACAGUGAACAGACCUUUAAGGUGUAAUAGCUGUUGCUUUCCAUGUUACCUGCAAAAGUUAGAAGUUCAGUCUCCUCCUGGGACUACAGUUGGCUACGUGGUGCAGAAAUGGGACCCCCUCCUGCCCAAGUUCACUAUCAGGAAUGAAAGCAAUGAAGAUGUGUUGAAGAUAAUUGGCCCUUGUGCAACAUGCGGUUGUUUUGGAGAUGUUGACUUUGAGGUAAAAUCUCUAAACGGAAUGUCAACUAUUGGCAAGAUUUCCAAGUAUUGGUCUGGAUUUGUCAAUAACAUCUUUACCAAUACAGCCAACUUUGGUAUUCAGGUUCCUGUAGACCUUGAUGUAAAAAUCAAGGCUGUAAUGAUUGGUGCUUGUUUCCUCCUAGACUUAAUGUUCUUUGAGAACUCCUUGGAUGGAUUGUAACAAGGAAGAUGAUAGGAACAAUAAAAUAUGCAAACUACAGUUCACAGUCCCUUGAGCUCUGGAUAUUACUUUUGAACUGUACAAUCCUAUGUUUUGUUUGGGGGGAUUUUUUGUAAGAAGAAAAAAAGCAGAGGAGGCAAUGACCAAUGUUUAUUAAACUAUAAGUUACGUAAAUAA